AUGGUUGGCAAAGGUUGCGUAGCCAUAGCUUGUGACCUUCGUCUCGGCCUGCAGUCCCUAACAGUCUCGAACAAUUUCCCGAAAAUCUUUCAAUACGCACCGUCCUGCUACCUCGGCCUUACAGGGCUGGCAACCGAUGUGUCGACAGUAUCAGACCUAUUCCGGUAUAAAGUCAAUAUGUACCGAUUGCGAGAAGAGAGGAAUAUUAGUCCGCAGACGUUGGCCAAUCUUGUCAGCUCGAGUCUGUACGAAAGAAGAUUCGGACCGUACUUUGUUAGCCCGGUGCUUGCUGGUAUCAAUCAUACUACGGGAAAGCCAUUCAUAUGUGGCUUUGACUCGAUAGGUUGCAUAGAUUUCGCGAAGGAUUUCAUUGUUGGCGGUACAGCGAGUGAUCAGUUGUUCGGAACCUGCGAAGGAUUGUGGGAGCCAGACUUGGAACCGGACGAGCUCUUCGAGACUGUUUCGCAAGCUCUACUGAAUGCAGUAGAUAGAGAUGCAUUGUCAGGAUGGGGAGCGCAUGUUUACAUCAUUGAGAAGGACAAGGUCACAAAGAGGCUACUGAAAGGGAGACAAGAUUGA